AGCAUGGACAGCAACGUGGUGCAGAUUUUUAAGGAGGACAAAUGCCCCUCAUCGCACCCCGAAAAGUGUUUACCCAACUUCACAUGGCAGUCUGCGGUCUCGGACAUUUAUAACUAUUCACUGAAUGAAAGCUGGACGAACGAGCAGGAAACUAUGUCGCCUAUCAUUCCGAUCAUCACUGCCGUGUAUUCCGUGGUGUUCGUGGUAGGACUAGUGGGGAACUGCCUGGUGAUGUAUGUCAUUAUCAGAUACACUAAAAUGAAAACCGCCACAAACAUCUACAUCUUUAACCUGGCUGUUGCCGAUGCCUUGGUAACCACCACCAUGCCCUUUCAGAGCACAGAUUAUCUACUGAACUCCUGGCCGUUUGGAGAGGUGGUGUGUAAGGUUUUCAUCUCCAUCGACUACUAUAACAUGUUUACUAGUAUCUUCACCUUGACCAUGAUGAGUGUGGACCGCUAUGUGGCCGUCUGCCACCCCGUCAAGGCCCUGGACUUCCGGACACCCAUGAAAGCUAAGAUCAUCAACAUCUUCAUUUGGGUGCUGUCCUCGGCUGCUGGGAUCCCUGCAAUGAUUCUUGGGAGCACUCAGACAAACAAUGGUACUACAGAAUGUGCUCUGCAGUUUCCAGACCCGUAUAUCUACUGGGACACAUUGAUGAAGAUCUGCGUCUUUAUCUUUGCCUUUGUGGCUCCUCUCCUCAUCAUCACGGUGUGCUACACGCUCAUGGUCCUGCGUCUCAAGAGUGUACGUCUGCUAUCGGGCUCGCGGGAAAAAGACCGCAACCUGAGACGCAUCACCCGCCUUGUGCUGGUUGUGGUAGCUGUGUUUGUGGUGUGCUGGACGCCCAUACACAUCUUCAUCCUAGUCAAAGCUCUUGCGCCCGGAGUGCCGGAGACCACUGCGGUCAUGGCUGCUUACUUCUUCUGUGUGGCGCUGGGAUACACCAACAGCAGUCUGAACCCCAUCCUGUAUGCUUUCCUUGAUGAGAACUUCAAACGGUGCUUCAGGGACUUCUGCUGCCCAGGUCGGAUGAAGGGGGACGGGCACGGGCACGGCGUCAGUCGGGUCAGAAGCACUCUUCGCGAGCACACGUGCCCAGCAGAGGCCAAAGGUGAUGGGGGCCAGGGUCGACCCGUAUGACUAGCAGUGGAGCUGUCAUCCUUUCACGGUCAAGAGGACUCAAAUGACCUGGGGCUGACACAGAUUACCACUGCCAUCUGAGAAAGAGAUUGUGCCCUUUACGUUCAGAAAAAUACGCUAAAUAUUGAUAGAGCAAAAAGGAAUCUUUUAGCAAAAUCAUUGUCUUGUUUUGUAUGUUCAUAUUUUCUAUAGUUUACCCUAAAAAAAAAAAAAAAAAAAACUUAGCAGCUGUGGUUGCCAGAACUUUACUGUAAAAAAAAAAAAAGUGGUACAACCAUUUAAUAUUUCUGAUUUCAUUAAAAUUUACAGUAAAAUCCCAUACAUUAUAAUUCAUUAAAUGAUCUAAUGAUAAAUCACCAAACUACAGAAAUAUUAAAAGAGCUUUUAUACUUUUUAAAUAUGUUGACAACCACCAAAAACACAGGUGUUCAUGAAAAAGCCACAUGAUGAAUCAAAGCUUGUCACAAGUAACUUUUGCAGAAGCUGAGGUUAGGAGUGCACGAUAAAUAUCGGCCGAUAAUUAAGAGAUAAUUUAGAAAACCGGCUUUACUGACGAGAUGCGCAUUAAUUAUAAGCCGAUAUUUAUCGUGCACCACUAGUUUAGGUUAAUAUAAUUAAUUUAUAUACAGAAGAUAUAUAUUAAUAUACAUGACACUACAAUAAUGCAGUUUACCAAAAUAAGAUGUAACAUAAAACUACAUAACAUACAUAACUGAUAAGAAAAAACUAAGAAGAAACUGGUAUUUCAAUCAAAAAAAAAAAAAACAUUAAAUGUGAAGUAUCACACAAGGCAUUGUGGGAAUAUCACUUUAUGGGUUUUCACUGUUAAUGAUAGGAUGAUUUGUUUUAGUUUUUUCACUUCCAAAAAUGGUGCAUUUAUGAAAAUGUCACGUUAGAUUAAUUAAAGUUUUUUCCUGGUAUAUAGUAAUGGAAUUUACCUUUAACCAAUCACCUGGUUCUUACUGUAUUUUUGCAGCCUUUUCCAUUAAAAUAUAAUAUUUUUUUUACAGUGUAUCUUCUUAUUCAGAUUGUUUAUUUCUUUUUUAAAUGUCCAUUGACCAAAGAUGAUGAAAAUCUGGUCCCUCACAAUCAAACGUCAUGCUCAAAGCUCCUAUUAUAAUAAGUCCUUUAGGCUCAGUAUUUUAAGUCUAACUUAUAGUUUUGCUUGAGUAGAUAUGAUUAAAAAAAUGAUGUAAUAUUAUGUAUAUAUGUAAAAUACGACAAGC